GCUUCUGAGGUCUUGCUGGUCCUGCUGUCGUUUGGCCAGCUAUUGAUGGUUAAUGUUCAGCAUCUUGGCAUUGAGUCCAUCUUGGGAGUGUUCCCCGAGGUGAGCGACGACCAUGGGGCCGGAUCGGCGCUGUGUUUCAUGCACGAGCUUGGAUGGGCUGUCGUAGCGGCAGGCUCAAAGCUUGGACUUGCAGAGAUUUAUCCUCCUGCGGCCGACAGCAUUGGGAGCAGUCCGAAGGCCUUUGACUUGCCAAAGGGCAUGUCGGCUUCGAUGGUGAUGACGUAUCCCGAGGAGCGUUCGAUGAUUUUGGUCGGCACUUCCACGGGCCACAUGCUACUUUACAAAGGCGCUGUGGCAUCCAAAGGGCAGGCACGACGGCUGAAUCUGGUCUUGGUGCAAACGCUCGACAUCGCCGGUUCGGUGUCGCCAAAAGGCCCGCCUAGCACCCUGCGGUCAAGAGUCGGAAGUUUUGUGAGGGGCCAAAGCUUUGCUUCGCCGCGAAGUGGCCGAGGCGAAGGUGGGAUCAGUGACGCCUUUGCCUCGCCAGCUGGCGAGGCGGGUGCAGAUGGCAUGCUGGUGGCUGCAGGCUGUGUUGGGAGUGGACCGGGAAGUAC